AUGUUUAUAACUGUAUUUGAAAGAAGUGGAGUGCAAAUAGGUUGGACAUAUGGAAAGUGUUCAGUGAUCCACUUAAAAGCAAAACUCAGAUUAUGGAUAAUGUUCCGCCUGGAAUUCCAAGAGAUCAGUGGACUUCCUAUGUUAAUUAUCGUUAUAAAAAAGAAACACAGGAAAUGUGCAACAGAAAUGCUGAAAGUCGAAAGAAACAAAUCAUUCCACACACAGAUGGCUGAGACCGGUCAAAUGCCUGGACGAGCAGAACUUUAUCUUGCUACUCAUAAGAAUGUAGAUGGAGCAUAUGUAAAUGAAGCGGCAAAACUUAUAUGUGUAAGUUAG